UUAAAAUACAUGAUUUGUGCCAGAUAGGGUGCGUAUACCUAUAAUCCUGGCACUUGGGAGCCUGAAGCAAGAAUAUUGCCAUGAGUUUGAGGUCAGCCCUGGGUACAUAGAAAGACCUUGUCUCAAAAAGCUGGAAAAACAAACAAUAAAAAGACAGAUUUGAGUACCAUUUACUAUGCUAUGGAUGGUUCGCUGUCCCUUGUCAUUAAGUGACAGGGUUAUAAAUUUAAAGUCUCUUUAAUUUUUAAGGUUUAUUUGUUCAUGUAUUUUAUGUAAGUGAGUGCUUUGUGUGUACACCUGCACACGAGAAGAAGGCAUCAGGUCGCAUUGUAAAGUGGUUGUAAACCACCACCAUGUGGUUGCUGGGAGUUGAACUCAGGACGUUGGAAGAGCAGCCAGUGCUCUAAAUUGCUGAGUCAUCUCUCAAGCAAGUCUUAAGCAGGCCUUGCUCUUUUUAGCUAUAUUGAAAAAUAAAUCAUUAGUAGUUUAGUCUUUGCAUAUGACUACUGUCUUUUCUACAUGAUUAUGUUCUCUCGGUUAAGCAGGAUUUAGUGUUACAGUCCAGUGUGCUGUCCUUGUAUAAGUUUUGCAUGAACAGCCCCAUGUGAAGGAGUAGCAUCCUACCUUUAGCUGUUGUUUACCUUUCUAGUUGACAGUCUUUCAGGAUUUAAGAAAGUUUUCAGUGCUGGACAGUGGUGGCACACACCUUUAAUCCCCGCUCUCAGGAAGCAUAGGCAAGUGAAUCUCUAGGAGUUCGAGGCCAGCCUGGUGUGCAGAGCUUGCCAGGACAGCUAGGGCUACACAGACAGACCCUGUGUUGAAAAACCAGAAAAAAAAAGAAAAAAAGAAAAGAAAAAAAAAGAAAGAAAAUUUCCCAGACUAGAGAGGUGGCCCAGUGAAUGAGAGCACUGGCUGCUCUUCCAGAGGACCUUUGAUUCAAUUCCCAGCAACCACUCGGUGACUCACAGCCACCGGUAAUUCUCAUCCUGGGAGAUCCAGUGCCUACUUGAGUCUCUAUAAACACAAGGCAUGCACACAGUGCACAGAUAUCUAUGCAGAUAAAACAUUCGUACAUUAAAAAUAAUUUUUUUUUUUUGGUUCUUUUUUUCGGAGCUGGGGACCGAACCCAGGGCCUUGCGCUUCCUAGGUAAGCGCUCUACCACUGAGCUAAAUCCCCAGCCCCUAUUAAAAAAUUUUUUAUCUUUCUUCAGAACUACUUCUCCUAGGGUUUAUCUGAAUAACUCCACUUAUAGUUUGAGCAGAUACUCCUGUAUGUUGAAGAUAUAUGGGCUGGGGAAUGAAUAGUAGACUGUUCAUCUGUUGUGGUGUGCAUACGUGUAAUCCCAGUGCUGGGUCCUUUUCAUUGAAUGCAGAAACUGUGUCCUGCUGUGAGACAGGCAGGUCUACAGUGUAUCAUUUUUCUCUGUGUGUGAGAACAAAACCAGCUAGUGUGUUAAUUUCACUGUUGGUGUCACUCAUAACUAGAGACUUCUGGAAUUGGGCUCUGGCAGCUCACCUCCCUCUAGUAUGAUGCCUCCCAGCUGAUGGGAUGCUUUUGCAUGAGAUCUUAAGGUGGUUGCCCAAGUUGAUAAGCUGUUAUGGGUGUAAUAGGCUAGAAUUUCACAAGCUGGAUAACCCUUAUGUGGUACGCCUGGGGCCUGAACUGUUUCAGGUUUUGGAAUGUACGUAGACUUUGCUGAUUGAGCAUUCCUCAUUCAAAACUUGAAAUUCAGAUAUCUCCAAAAUUCUAAAUUUUGUAAACAUCUGUUGGCACUGAAAAGUACAGGUUCUCUGGUAUCUCAGAUCCAUGUUUUUUAGGUUAGGCAUACUCAUAGACAGUUGCAUUUCAUUCUUUCAUAAACUUGUUUUGUAGUGCAGGUUAUUUCCCCCUGAUUCUUUAACAGUGUUUAAAAAUGUAUAAACAUUUAGUAAGUUUGUACUCGAAAGUUAGGUUGAAUAACAGUCACUCAGUCAAAAGACAGAUUCUUCCCCAGGCUCUGAGGCGUCUUUGCAGGCACCAUGCUGGAGACGUUCUGCUGGAGACGUUCUGCUGAAAGAGUGUCAGGCCAGAGCGGCCUGUGCAGCUUCAUGCACGGAGGUUAAACAUUGUAUGCGUUACUUUCCACACCGGCAUGCUGUCUGACGAAGGCUUUUCUGGAGGUUGAGGCCUCCUCAUAAGAGAACCGGAGUCUGAGGCUAACACCGGGAUUAUGCUCAGCAUCUAACUCCUUCCUGCUGAGCAUGUUGCCCACGGUACUCAUUAUUGCUUUUCUACUCUACACCAUAAGAAGAGGGCCCGCUGGCAUUGGUCGGACCGGUCGGGGAAUGGGUGGACUCUUCAGUGUUGGGGAAACGACAGCCAAGGUCUUAAAGGAUGAGAUAGAUGUGAAGUUUAAAGAUGUGGCUGGCUGUGAGGAGGCCAAGCUAGAAAUAAUGGAAUUUGUGAAUUUCUUGAAAAAUCCAAAGCAGUAUCAAGACCUAGGAGCAAAAAUCCCAAAGGGUGCCAUUCUCACUGGUCCCCCAGGUACUGGGAAGACACUGCUAGCUAAGGCCACAGCUGGAGAAGCCAAUGUCCCCUUCAUCACUGUCAGUGGAUCUGAGUUUCUGGAGAUGUUUGUCGGUGUUGGUCCAGCCAGGGUCCGAGACUUAUUUGCCCUUGCACGGAAGAAUGCUCCUUGCAUUCUCUUCAUUGACGAGAUUGAUGCUGUGGGAAGGAAGCGUGGUAGAGGCAACUUUGGAGGACAGAGUGAGCAGGAGAACACACUCAAUCAGCUGCUCGUGGAGAUGGACGGCUUCAACACCACCACCAACGUGGUCAUCCUGGCAGGCACAAAUCGACCAGACAUCCUUGAUCCAGCUCUGCUGAGACCAGGCCGCUUUGACAGGCAGAUCUUCAUUGGACCCCCAGACAUAAAAGGACGAGCUUCAAUCUUCAAAGUUCACCUUCGACCAUUGAAACUAGACAGUGCCUUGGAAAAAGAUAAAUUGGCCAGAAAACUGGCGUCCUUGACUCCAGGGUUUUCAGGCGCUGAUGUUGCCAAUGUCUGUAAUGAAGCUGCUUUGAUUGCUGCCAGACACCUUUCAGAUGCCAUUAACGAGAAGCACUUCGAACAAGCGAUUGAGCGAGUGAUUGGAGGCUUGGAGAAAAAAACCCAAGUUCUGCAACCCGAGGAGAAGAAGACUGUGGCUUACCACGAAGCAGGCCACGCAGUCGCCGGCUGGUAUCUGGAGCAUGCAGACCCACUCUUAAAGGUGUCCAUCAUCCCGCGUGGAAAGGGGCUGGGCUAUGCUCAGUACUUGCCCAAGGAGCAGUAUCUGUACACAAAGGAGCAGCUGCUGGACAGGAUGUGCAUGACUCUGGGUGGCCGUGUCUCCGAGGAGAUCUUCUUUGGAAGAAUUACGACCGGUGCCCAGGAUGACUUGAGGAAGGUUACCCAGAGUGCCUAUGCCCAGAUUGUUCAGUUUGGCAUGAAUGAGAAAGUGGGGCAGAUCUCCUUUGACCUCCCACGACAGGGGGACAUGGUAUUAGAGAAGCCUUACAGUGAAGCCACUGCAAGAAUGAUAGACGAUGAAGUGAGGAUACUCAUUAGUGAAGCCUAUAAAAGAACUGUGGCUCUUCUCACAGAGAAGAAGGCUGACGUGGAGAAGGUUGCUCUCCUACUGUUAGAGAAAGAAGUAUUAGACAAGAACGACAUGGUUGAACUUCUGGGUCCCAGACCAUUUACAGAAAAAUCCACAUAUGAAGAAUUUGUGGAAGGCACUGGCAGCUUAGAUGAGGACACUUCUCUUCCUGAAGGCCUUCAGGAUUGGAACAAGGAGCGGGAGAAGGAGAAGAAGGAGAAGAAGGAGAAGGAGGAGCCCGUGAAUGAGAAGGUGGUCAGCUAGGCUCUCCCAGGGCUGGAGGCCCAUUUACCUUCCCCUCUCGGGCCGUCAGAACAGCAGCCCUGAUGCAGCCCGCUGCUGACUCAGCCAGGCUGAGGACGGCCUCCACUGAGCUGCAGUGUCAGCACUGCCCGCCCUCAGCCUGGCCUCACGAACACUGGCUGGAACAGGAGAGACAGCACCACCUGCCAUCGCCUGUCCCGUGGACUCUAUCACGAGGGAGAAGACUCUUCCCAUCGAUGGCCCUCUUCAGUCCUCUUCCUGCGAUAUCUCUGCAGGAGUGCUGUGAAAUUCGGUUGGAGUCCUGAUGAGAAUAUUUUGAUUCAACCAAAUAUUUUCAAAUUUGAAUUCAGAUCACUCGUUGAUGUUUUAAUGGAGUGGUUUUCUAUAGAGAACUGUAACAUAUUUAAAAACAUGAAUGUAUUGUGUAAAUAUGGAUUCUUUACAUUAGAAAUAAAAGGUGGACAUUGUACUUUUUUCCUGAGCA